AGCCGCCCUCCCCAAGAUGGCGGCGGGCAGCACAGCCGGAGCGCCAAACCGGAGCCGCACGGGGACCCGCGGCCCAGCGCUGUCAGGGCGGCAGCGGCUUCCAGGACGGCGGCGGCCUCCCGGGAGCUGUGCGAAGGGCUCCUUGGAGAGCAGGCAGCCGGCAGCUGCCUCUGCACAACCCGCGGGGGAAGCGCUGCCGGCAACCCCCGGUCCGGAGCGGAGCGGCCCGAGGACGCCGAGCCCGCCUUCUUCACACAAAGUGGCUGACAGGAGACGCACGAAGAGGCUGAAAUGUGAAAAAAACAGUCCAGGAAAAUCAGAGCUAGAAGGACUCAAAUGUGGAAGUGGAAACCUUGCUGCGUUGGGGGAAACACCAAAAACCUCUGAUGGGGAUCAGUGUUCAGAAGAUCCAGGAGACAGCAAUACAGUUCCAGAGAAAAAAAGUGAAAACAUUCCAGAGACUGAUGAAGACAAACAGCAGAAGGAGGGCAGUGUUCCUCUCAAGCCAAAUGCAGUGAAAUCCAGCGAUGCUUCAUCAGUAAUGGACAGUGAUGAGGAUCUGUGCAAUCGUGGCUGUGGUGAAGACGAGAGCAGCUGUGUGUCUUCAGAUGGCUCUAGCUCUGAGGAUGGGGAUCUCCCAGAGAAGCCAACAGAACGGGACAACAGCACUUUCUUGGAUGAAGACAGCAACCAGCCAAUGCCUGUGGCCCGGUUCUUUGGGGAUGUUGAGCUUCUCCGGGAUCUCCCAGCAGCUGCACUCCCAAGCACAGCGAUGAGCAGGAGAGAAUUCAGAAAACUACAUUUUAUUGCAAAGGAAGAGGAGGAGGAGGAGGAAGAGGAUGUUGUCUAAAACCAAUCUGUAAACAAAAUAAACCUUUUUUAUUUUGCUUUGCAACCACGUAACCAUAGUUGGCGGUGUUGCUAACAUAAGGUGUCUGUUUCUCAGGGAGAGAACUGGUAGAGUUUGUUUUUCUGGAACUGUCACAGUAUUCUUCCAUGGUUAUCUGGGGAAAAGAUGGACUAAAUUUAAAGUGAUUUGGAAAUAAUUUGUGAUUGAUCAUUUUGCCACUAAUAUUUAGGAAAAAAAACCCCAAGGCAAAUAGAUAUUGUCAGCUCUUUUCUAUAAUUUGAGCCCAUAUCCAGGCUGAACAUUUGGUGUCAGUGGGCCAGCAGACCAGCCAUAAGCAUUGCCUUUUGUGAGGCUUGUGUAAUGCAGCUUGUGCAGGAUUUCCAUGAGUUCAGAAUAAGAAUUUUGUAAAAAAAUAUAUUGGUGGUGAUAAAGGCUUUCUCAGUAUUGGACUUGGUCAAUGGAUGAACAAGUAUUGACAAGGAUGUGGGUCAGGCAACUAAAUAUGUUAUUUUGGCCUGCAUUUUUUGAAAAUAAUGAGCAGUCUUGGGUGAUAUCAGGAACUGUUAACUCACCCAAUGUUUAUUAGAAUACUUCUUUGAAAGUGUGAUUAUGCAAUAAGCUCCCAGAUCUUUAUUGUUAUAGUUUCUUCUACAUUUCUAAAAAUAUAUGGGAAAAUAUUAUCAGCAGAUGGUUUAAAUGCAUAUUAAUUUCUACAGCUAUAGCUUGUUAAACAUUCAGAAUCUGUAAGCCAGACAAAUUGUAUAUGUAUGAUAUGUUAAUUUGUUCACAUUUUCAUUCCAGCUGAUGCAUUGUUUCUCUCAAUGAUAUUUCUUGGCUCCUUUUCACUCUAAUUCUGUAACACAGAAAAAUCUAAUAUUUUAAUAGCAUAUUCAUGGUUUUCAGCACAACUCCAUCUUGAAGUAGCUCUCCCAGCUUUCCCUGAAUGCCAUAUUUGCUAGAAUUUCUAGAAAAAUUCCUCUUCACACACUUACUUUAGUUUCAGCACUGUGCAAAACGGUGAUUUUCAGUCUGCAGAAGUGUGCCAUACAUUGUGUUUGUCAUCAGAACCUUAGCUGUGAUGCCUUCCCUGUUGUCAAAACAGUGUAGUGUGCAUUAUUCCCAUCUUACUUACUGAUUCUGGAAAGAUCUAGAAGGGUUGAGUCAAUGCACUGGUAUUAAAAAUCAUGCAUUUAAAGUGCACCUACUUUUCAUGUCGAAAUGUUUGGGAUAGGGAUUGGGUUUGUUGUUGGAAGUAAAUUAAACUGUCUGC